AUGUCUCUGCCGGGGAGCAGACGCUCGUCCACCGGAUCACGAAGGCGCCCCUCGCCCCCCGGGAGGGACACCUACGGCACCUCCUCGCUGAGCAGCAGCAGCAAUUCUGGCUCCUGCAAGGGCAGCGACAGCAGCCCCACCCCAAGGCGCUCGGCCAAGUACAACCUCUGCAGCGACAACCAUGGGAUAAAGCCACCGACGCCGGAGCAGUACCUGACGCCCCUGCAGCAGAAGGAGGUCUGCAUCAGGCACCUGAAAGCUCGCCUGAAGGACACGCAGGAGCGGCUGCAGGACAGGGAUGCUGAGAUCGAGGACCUGAAGACGCAGCUGUCGCGGAUGCAGGAGGACUGGAUCGAGGAGGAGUGCCACCGCGUGGAGGCCCAGCUGGCGCUGAAGGAGGCUCGCAAGGAGAUCAAGCAGCUGAAGCAGGUCAUCGACACGGUGAAGAACAACCUGCUGGAGAAGGACAAGGGGCUCCAGAAGUAUUUCGUGGACAUCAACAUCCAGAACAAGAAGCUGGAGACGCUGCUGCACAGCAUGGAGGUGGCGCAGAACGGGGCGCUGAAGGAGGAGGGGGCCGGCGAGUCGGCCGGGGGGUCCCCAGCCCGUUCCCUCACCCGCAGCUCCACCUACACCAAGCUGAGCGACCAGGGGGCCGGGGACCGCAACGUGGGGGGCUCGCAGACCAUCUCGCUGGACGAGGGGGCCGACAGCGGCUUCGCGGGGGCAGAGGAGGCUCCUGGCCACACGGACCCGCUGGAGGCGGGGGGCGAGCCCAGCGCCCGCCUGCCCCCCAGCUCCACCUACGAGAAGCUGCUGGGGCUGCGGUGCGGCGUGGAGGCCGGGGUGCAGGCCAGCUGCAUGCAGGAGCGGGCCAUCCAGACGGACUUCGUGCCCUGCCAGCCCGACCUGGACACCAUCCUGGAGAAGGUGAUGAAGUCCCAGGCUUGCAGCUUAGGCAGCCCCACCUCGGCCUGGGUCUCCGAAAUGGAAGACGUGAUGCCCGGCCCCGAGCUCUCCAACCCCGCCGGGGCCACGGACCUGCUGGCGGCUGAGCCCGACGCCGCGACGGUGGGUGCCGGGGUCGAGGCGGGUGCCCUCUGCAACCCGGCGGUGCGGCAGCCCCCCAGCGCCAGCCCCUCCGUGGCCAUCGCCUGCGUGGCAGAGGAGGAGACGACGGAGGUGACCGGCUGCGAGGCCGCCCCCUCCAAGAGCUACUGGAGCCGCCACUUCAUCGUGGAUCUGCUGGCGGUGGUGGUGCCGGCGGUGCCCACGGUGGCCUGGCUGUGCCGCUCGCAGCGCCGGCAGGACCAGCCCAUCUACAACAUCAGCUCGCUGCUGCGGGGCUGCUGCACCGUGGCCCUCCACUCCAUCCGCAGGAUGGGCUGUCGCCCCGUCGCCAGCCCCGGGGGCAGCACCCAGCCCUGA